AUGGGUCUCUUGAUUUUUCAAAGCAAGAUGUCGGUGUUAGUAAAUGGGAGCCCUACGAAAGAAUUUACAGUAGAAAAGGGUCUAAGGCAAGGAGACCGCCUCUCUUCGUUCCUUUUUGUUCUUAUUACUGAAGGUCUUACGAGUUUAGUUAGGAAAGCGGUUGGUAUUGGGUCGUUUCAAGGGAUGGAUAUAAAUGAUAAGUGUUUUGUUGAUAUCCUUCAAUUUGCGGAUGAUACACUCUUGGUGGGAAUGGCUACUUGGAAGCAUCUUUGGGCUAUUAAGGCGACUUUGAGGGCUUUUGAAUUAGUAUCGGGUCUCGGUAUUAAUUUUCAUAAAAGUAAGCUUAUUGGUAUUAAUAUUAUUUGUAACUUUUUGGAGGCGACAACUACUUUUCUUGCUUGUAGAAUUGAAGAUAGAGAAUUUGUCUGUCUUGGCAUUCCGAUUGGUCACAACCCCCUUGGAAACCUCUCAUUAUGA